AUGGACAUCCGACCGGCGCGCCUAGCCGAUCUACUCGAGCUACAACGCACCAACUUGCACUGCCUGCCCGAAAACUAUACGUUGCGCUAUUACCUUUACCAUAGCCUGACCUGGCCUCAGUUGUCAUUUGUGGCCACAGAUUCGAAGCAGAGAGUAGUCGGGUAUUGUCUCGCAAAAAUGGAAGAGGAGCCCAAGGAUGGUAUACAGCAUGGACAUGUGACGAGUAUUAGCGUGCUGAGGGGAUACAGGAGGCUCGGAUUGGCACAGAAACUUAUGAGGCAGAGUCAGAUGGCAAUGCGGGACGUCUUUGAUGCCGAGUUCGUGUCACUACACGUGAGACGGACCAACCGAGCGGCUAUUGGUCUCUACAGGGAUACGUUGGGCUUCGAGGUGCACGGCGUAGAGAAGGGGUACUACGCUGAUGGGGAAGAUGCUUUAGCGAUGCGGCUCUACCUCCAAAAGGACAAGGGCAAGAGUAGCGAGGUCUAG